AUGGCUUCUUGCACGUCGCCCAUGCGUCUGUCAGUGAAUACAGCGCAUGCGAAGCGCAGCCCGCCACACUCUCCCCCAGCAGACUCGGCCUUGACUCCACCAGUCACCCCCAUUGGCAAGGGCACAUCUCGACCUCGGCACUCGACCUCUCCGGUAGAAGAUCCGUCUUCAGAGCCACUCUCCGCGGCCACGAGGAGGAACGUCGGUACCCCCCUCAUCUUCCCGGGUGAAAUUGAUAUUUGCCAUGAUCAAAGUAGCCGGCCGUUCGAAUUUGGCCGUGGCGCAUGGAGUAUCGUAUAUAGAGCCCGGUGUAUCCAGAGUCAACCGACGGGCCCUCUCCACACGCCUCCGAGCUCCCCGGCCACCGUAGGCCGCAUUUUGGCAGUGAAAGCGCCGCUGCGCCGUGAUGCGCACAAGGUUCUCCAGAGCGAGGCUCUGACGAUGACUCGCCUGAGUCUGAUCCCCGGGUGUGAAGAUUACGUCGUUCCCUUUCACGGGUUUCUUCCUGAAUACGAUGCGCUGGUGAUGUCUGCGGUUCCGCUCGCAUUAUCCACGUUCAUUGAGGACCAAGCCGAUCUACGCAAACAGUUCCCUUCCACCGCCACGAUGUUUGAACCAGUCCAGGGCCCCGACUCGUGGCGCGAUAUGGCGCGCAAAUUGAUCACUUGCCUGGCCUGGCUGCACGAUACGGCUGGCAUGGUUCACGGCGAUAUCAAGCCUCACAACGUGCUUCUUCGACCAGUCACCACGGACUCGCCGGAGGCCUUUCCAUACGAGCCGCUCCUAGCAGACUUUUCCUCUGCCUAUGAAAUCCCCCGGGACUCGAACUCGACUUCGAGUGCGAACCAAGCGGCCAUGUCAGCCUUCACGCCCCCCUUUACGGCGCCGGAGCUACUUUCCCUCGCAUCGCUCCGAUCCGGCGAGAUUGCCCCGUUACCCUCAUCAGAUGUCUUCUCUCUUGCCGCGACGUUGAUUGCGGCGGCGACGGGCGACCUGCUUCUGUAUCCUGGUUCCAACAAUUUCCAGCGUCUGGCCAUGGCCAAGGACGGUCAUCGAAUUUUAGAUUUUACGCGCGCGGGCUCAAACGGGUGCCGCGUACCGCGUUACGGUUUCGUUGAGAAGCUCGUGCAGCCGGCUGUGGUCAAAGAUCCUACGCAGCGGAUUCUCACGAGUGACUGGGUGACUUUGGCGUCUUCCUAA